AAGCAAAACCAAAAUCUUCAAAUUGUAGAGGCCUUUCUAAGGAGCUACGGGCCGUUACAAGUACGAAGAUAUAGCUUUUCCGAGGUCAAGAAAAUGGCCAACUCCUUCAAAGAAAAAUUAGGACGAGGAGGCUGUGGUGCUGUUUACAAAGGAAAGUUAAAGGACGGCUGUCUUGUAGCAGUGAAGGUCUUGACCAAACUAGAAGGAGAUGGAGAAGAAUUUAUGAAUGAAGUGGCAGCCAUUAGUACAACUUCCCAUGUCAAUGUCGUCACCUUGUUAGGCUUUUGUUUUGAGGGUUCCAAAAGAGCUCUCAUCUAUGAAUUCAUGUCUAAUGGAUCUCUCGAGAAAUUCAUAUUUGAUGCAAGUACUCCCAACGUAGGUCAUGAUCACUUGGGAUGGGAAGCAUUGGAUCAAAUUUCACUCGGCAUUGCUCGAGGGUUGGAGUACUUACAUCGUGGUUGCAACACAAGAAUUUUGCAUUUUGACAUCAAGCCUCACAACAUUCUUCUCGAUGAAAACUUCACCCCAAAAAUCUCGGAUUUUGGCCUUGCCAAAAUAUGCAACAAUAAAGAUAGUAUUGUGUCGAUGUUGGGAGCAAGAGGUACAGCAGGUUACAUUGCUCCAGAAGUAUUUUUUAGAAAUUUUGGAGGGGUCUCACACAAGUCGGAUGUGUACAGCUACGGAAUGAUGCUUUCGGAUAUGGUUGGAGGAAGAAGGAACAUCGAUGCUGAAGCUGAAAAUACAAGUGAAGUAUAUUUUCCGCAUUGGAUUUACCAGCGUCUUGAACGGGACAAAGAGCUUGGUCUGCAGAGUGUUAAGAACGAGGAAGACAAAGAAAGAGCGAGGAAGAUGAUCAUAGUGAGCUUGUGGUGCAUACAAACUGAUCCUUCAAACCGGCCGGCGAUGAAGGAAGUGAUAGAUAUGUUGGAAGGGAGUGUUGAUUCGUUGCAAAUACCACCCAAGCCUUACUUGUCUUCUCCUCCAAAUUCCCCAGCAGAUUCUUCUACCACAUUGGUAUCAAUACAGUAGAAACCCUGUAUUUUACUUGAACAAAUCUGUGUUUUUAUGCGGCAAUCUAAAUAAUGAAGUAUGCAUUUCAUUUUUGUUUUUGUUUUUUUUUUUUCUUUUUCUAUGGAUGAAUGAAUCAAGACACUAGUAGUGACCCUCCUACUGCCCGUCCCGCAAUCAUAUAUAUAUUCAACACAAAAUAUGUGAAACAUUUGCAUUUGUGAAUGGUAAUGCAUUGUGGAUAAGUUCUUCCCUCUUGCCUCGUCUCCUACUUACACCAUCAAACCGCUAGAGAAAACGACAGUCACAAACGACCAAAUUCUUCAUGACGUUUUACUAAAUUAAUUUCCAACGUUAUUACUAGGAGAUGCUUUUCAGCUAUGAAGCUGUUCAGUGAUCACACAAAUAACAAG